AAACAAUGUUAACAUUAAAUGUUAUUCAGCGCGUGUAGUUAAAAAAGUGCCGGGUUGUGAAACGUGUGUAAUACUCACAUAAAUACAAACAAAACAUUUUAGCAUAUUUUUUGUUAUUAAAACGAAAGCGGCCAAUCAGCUGUGACGUUAUGGAGAUACAGCAGCUUGAAGUUCUGUGCAAACAACUUUACGAAGCUACAGACGUUUGCAUUCGUGGGGAUGCAGAAAAAGCCCUUGCUACAUUUCUUUGGUUACACUCCUGGCCAAAAUUACAAAAUAUGGAUGGUUCGAUACUUACAAAGGUGAAUUGAUCUUUCAAAAUUUAUUAGAAGACGUAAAAAAGUUUUUACAGGGUUCUGUGGAACACUGCACAGUUGGCGUUCAAAUCUUAUCACAAUUGGUAUCUGAAAUGAAUUCUAUUGUUGAAUUAGAUGUACACUUGUCCUUCUCCAAGAAUCGGAAGAUUGCUACAUCCUAUCGUGACCAGCAACUUUACGACACAUUUCUACUAUCUUGCUCACUUUUAAUAACAGCACGUGAUAACAGCAAGAACCUUAAAUUUAUGGAUGAAUCACAGAAGGCGUUGAUAUCUCAUGUGCUGCGACUGACGAAAAAUUGUUUGAGCUUUGAUUUUAUUGGAAGUUCAACAGAUGAAUCUGCCGAUGAUAUGAACAAUGUUCAGAUUCCAACAGCCUGGCGGCCUGCGUUCCUGGACUUAAACACACUGAAACUUUUUUUUGAUUUAUACCAGAUUCUUCCAAAUGGUUUAGCUAGCUACUCCAUAUCUUGUUUAGUGCAAAUGACAUCUGUGCGUCGAUCUCUUUUCAGUAACACUGAAAGAACGAAAUUUCUCACACAUCUGGUUGAAGGUGUAAGAAAUAUUCUGACUAACUUGCACGGUUUAAGUGAUCCAGAUAACUAUCACGAAUUCUGCCGCUUGCUAGCUCGCCUGAAAUCAAAUUAUCAAUUAGGCGAGCUUAUUGCUGUUCCUUGUUAUCCAGAAGCUAUCCAAUUGAUAGCGAAAUUUACUGUGCAAUCAUUGCAUUUGUGGCUUUUUGCACCAAACAGUGUGCACUACUUACUUACUCUUUGGCAACGUAUGGUAGCAUCUGUACCAUAUGUAAAAUCCCCGGAUCCACAUUUACUUGGUACAUAUACACCAGAAGUGAUUAAAGCUUAUAUCGAGUCGCGCCUAGAUGCUGUUCCUUUAAUUGUAAGGGAUAAUUUAGAGGAUCCACUGGAUGAUCUGUGUAUGGUCCAGCAACAACUUGAGCAACUAUCAGUUAUUGAGCGGUGCGAGUAUAAUAAGACUUGCAGUCUUCUUGUGCAGCAUUUUGAUCAAAAGGCACGUGAGUAUGAAAACCUUGUACAGACGCCCAACGCUAAUCCUAUAGAUAUCACUGUGCAUGAGCUACAGCUAACUUGGUUGGUGUACAUUAUCGGGUCGGCCAUUGUUGGGCGCCUUUCUGUUACGACUAGCGACGAGCACGAUACUAUGGAUGGAGAACUUGUCAUAAGGGUGCUUCAACUAAUGAGUUUGACAGAUGCACGUUUGCCUCAGGCUGGAUGCGAAAAGCUUGAGCUGGCCAUGCUAAGCUUUUUGGAUCAAGUUCGCAAAAUGCAUAGCAGCGAGCAAGCUCAAAAAGCGAAUGUAUAUAAAAGACUGACUGAAGUCUUUGGACUUAGCGAUGAGCAAAUGCUAUUAAGCUUCAUAAAUCGUAAAAUUAUAACCAAUUUAAAGUUUUGGGGGCGCUCUGAACAGAUUAUUACUAAAACUCUGAUGUUACUUUCGGAUCUUUCUGUGCACUUUAAUUCAGUGCGUAAGCUUGCACGCUUAGACGAAGUGCAAUUUAUGCUGACACACCAUACAAGCGAACAUUUCCCUUUCCUAGGAACAAACUCUUCCCUAAGUGAAAUGCGAUGUCGCACUAUGUUUUACACAUCUCUAGGCCGUUUGUUAAUGUUUGAUUUGGGAGAAGAUGAAGAACGAUUCUAUAAUUUUUUGACGCCUUUGACAAAUCAAUUUGAAAACCUUGGAACUGUGCUGAUGGAUGCCAAUAGCUUUCCUAAUGACGAAGCGAAGAAAGCAGUUAUUGGGUUAGCACGGGACCUUCGAGGAUUAGCCCUGCCCCUAAAUGCUCGUAUUCAAUAUACUAUGCUUUUUGAAUGGCUUUACUAUACAGACUAUUUGCCCAUAUUGUUACGUGCAGUGGAUUUAUGGGCUCAUGAUCCCGCAGUUACCACACCCGUUUUAAAACUUUUCGCUGAGCUGGUACAUUGUCGAACACAACGAUUGGCUGGAAAUGUAUCCAGUCCUAUGGGUAUACUGCUGUUCCGAGAGGCUUCAAAACUUAUUUGUAUUUACGGAAACCGUAUUUUACAAUUGGAGGUUCCACGUGAUCGACUUUACCCAAUGAAACUAAAAGGAAUAGCAAUAUGUUUUUUAAUUUUAAAAAAUUCACUUGGUGGAAACUAUGUUAACUGUGGUGUAUUCAAAUUGUAUGGAGAUGAUACACUGGACAGCGUUCUUAAUAUUGUUGCUAAGUUAAUACUCUCUAUACAACAAAAUGAUUUACUUGAAUAUCCAAAACUGUCGUCUGCAUAUUACAAUUUAUUAAAUUGCCUAUCUCAAGACCAUGUUACGUACCUAGCCGCUUUGGAGCCAUGUGCAUUUGUAUACAUAUUGGAAAGCCUUACCAAGGGCCUUGCAGCGUUAGAUUCCGCCAUUUACAUAAGCUGCUGCACAAUUUUAGAUAGUAUCGUUUCGUACAUAUUUAAACAGCUUCAGCUUAAAGUUUCCACAUUCCCAAACAAAAAGCUUCGAAGUUUGACGCAGGAAAACGAAAAAUUUCUUAAGGUAUGUAUCUCGAAUAACUUUACAUAAUUCAAAUUGUCGAAA